ACGCCUGGUGUGGGCUGGGCUGGCGCUGCUGCUGACGCGUCAUCUGUCUGUCAAGCCCUGCCACGCACGCACACAAACAGCGCAUCAUGACUUCUGGUUUAUUUACUUACCUUUUCCUUGCACUGUAUCUCGAAUCUGUGCACCGCUAUUUCGCGGUAGCAGCAGAUGUAGACGAUGAGGUGAAAACGGAAGUUUUGUACAUGCCAGAGAACUGUAUGCAGAAAUGUGGAAAGGGAGAUUUGGUAAACGCACACUACGAUGGAUACCUUGCCUCAGACGGAUCAAAGUUUUACUGCAGCCGGUCAAUAAAGGAUGGGAAUCCUCAGUGGUUUGUCGUGGGUGUUGGGCAAGUAUUAAAGGGCCUUGACGCUGGAGUGCUGGGGAUGUGCCCCGGGGAGAAGCGAAAACUCACAGUUCCACCCUCAUUAGCAUUUGGGGCUAAAGGAAAAGCUCCUGUGCCACCUAAUGCAACUGUCAUCUUCGAAGUGGAGCUCUUCUCUGUGUCUCGAGGCCCACGCAGCUUGGAGGCCUUCAGGGAAAUGGACCUCGACCAAGACAAGACCCUCACAGAAGAGGAGAUCAAAGCCUACCUGAAGUCACAAGAUUUGAAGAACACAGGCAAGACUAAAGAGGAGAUCUUCUAUGAUGGAGUGGCCAAGGACGUGUUGCGCAGGGACGAUAAGGACAAAGAUGGAGCGCUGUCUGUGAAAGAGUACAACGUCUAUGGACAUGAUGAGCUAUAACAGCUAUUCGAAUGAGAACACUCUAGUUUUGUUUUGUUCUUUUUUUGUUGUUGCCAAUGUCAUAAUUGCACAGAUUCACAACCAGAAUACCACUUUUCGUUGUACAACUUA